UUCAAACGCAUCUCUGUCCAGCGCCACGGAGCCAACUUUUCGCUCAAAUCCAUUGUUUAUAUGAGGCUUUAUCGUCCAAACAUGAGGUGGAAAAAUACGAAAAGUCUUUAAAAUGCGUCUCCGAGUCGGUUCUGUUUUCUUGUGCUUUUCUGUUUUACGGAGACAAGCGAAGAAUGAUGAAUAAUUACGUUUUCGUGAAGGUGGUGGGUAGAGGUAGCUACGGCGAAGUCCACCUGGUCAAGCACAAAACAGACCGAAAACAGUAUGUGAUAAAGAAGUUGAACCUAAAGACCUCCUCUAAACGUGAGCGCCGAUCGGCCGAGCAGGAGGCCCAGCUCUUGUCUCAGCUGCAACAUCCGAACAUCGUGACGUACCGGGAGUCGUGGGAGGGGGAAGACUGCCUGCUCUACAUCGUGAUGGGCUUCUGUGAAGGAGGAGACCUGUACCAUCGCCUCAAGCAGCAGAAGGGGGAGCUGCUGCCUGAGAGACAGGUGGUGGAGUGGUUUGUUCAGAUCGCAAUGGCUCUGCAGUACCUCCAUGACAGAAACAUCCUCCACCGGGAUCUGAAAACCCAGAACAUUUUUUUAACUAAAACAAACAUCAUAAAAGUGGGAGAUUUGGGAAUUGCAAGAGUUUUGGAGAAUCAGAACGACAUGGCCAGCACUCUGAUCGGGACGCCCUACUACAUGAGCCCCGAGCUGUUCUCUAACAAACCGUACAACCACAAGUCGGACGUUUGGGCACUGGGCUGCUGUGUGUAUGAGAUGUCGACGCUGAAACACGCCUUCAACGCCAAAGACAUGAACUCACUGGUCUAUCGCAUUGUUGAGGGAAAGCUGCCUCAGAUGCCGAGCCGGUACGACCCUCAGCUCGGAGACCUGAUCCGGAGCCUGUUAAGUAAAAGACCAGAGGACAGACCUGAUGUCAAACACAUCCUGCGACAGCCCUACAUCAAACGACAGAUUUCUUUAUUCCUUGAGGCCACAAAAGGAAAAACAUCCAAUUCCAAAAGGAAGUCUGCUGCUGUUGGAGGAGGAGAUUGUGAGUCUAGUACGUCGUCUGGAGCAACCAAACCAAAACCUGAGAACAUGUCUCCCAGUCCUCAACAUGAGCCUCCUCCCAGACCCAAACAGCUGCCAGCGAAACCUCAUCCACCUAUAUCUGAAAAUGGUGUCUGUGACCUCCCUCCAAAACAAAGCACUCCUCCUCCGAAACCUCCUCCUCCUGCUUUUCCCUUAAAAGACCUGAAUGACAACAUGGCAACCAUCAGCAACAUCAACAUCGACAUCCCUCUUCAAAAUGACCAAAAUCAGGCUAAAAAAACAUGUUCCCCUCUUUCACAACACCAAAAUACCGAACCUACAUCUAAACACAGCCAGAAAGAAUGUAAAAACAAGAAGAAAUUGGACGUUUUGCAUUCUAAAUCUCCCCCAUUGCUCCUCUCAAAAGCUGUAACAAGUGUAAAUAGUGACUCUUCAGAUGUUAGUCCAAAAACAACACCAAAUCCAAGUGAUACAUUUUUAUUAUUAGGUGAAAACCCUGCUGUAAAUGAUAGGCUUGAUACAAUGGAGCUACUGAAGGAAGCUGGCAUCCCAGAUUUCAACUUUGACAGAGAGAAAGAAGAGGUUAAAUGUGCGAUUGUUCCAGAGAAAAAGGAAGAAAACCAGUAUUUAGAAGGAGACAUGGAGGAGGAUUGUAAAGAGGAGGGUGAAGGUGACACCAUGAUGCUGCUGAGAGGAGCUCAAAUGGAAAAACAGAGUCCAGAGAUACAAACAAAUCUAGAGUCCACAGAAAAACUGUUGGAGCCACCGCCCGUAGUUCAGGUCUCUGCUCCCAGACCUCUGCCCGUUCCUCCACAUCACUCUACAGUUCACCACAAAAAGAAGAAACACACAGAUAAUGAAAAAUCCAAACCGCCCAAUGUACCAGCCUCUACUCCUGUGAAUGAGAGCAGAGACAGAGACACACCUCCUCUGCACCAGGGGCGCCCUCUAUCGGCCCGAGAGAGGAGGAGGCUGAGACAGUCACAGGAAGGAGUCUGUCAGUCAGGUAUAAAUCCAGUGAGAAGGGCAUCUUAUGAUGUGACCUCCUCAAAACCGGAGGGCAGCAGUGUUCAAGUGAGUCGCUCUGUGUCUGUCCCCAUCGCAGAGAGGACUGACAAGCUGCAGGAAAAGUCAGAUGAGGAAGAUUUUAGUUCAUCUACGAGUUCCACUGAGUGCUCAGUGGGAGAUAGCAAAGAGAGGAAAGCAGAGUCCAGCGACAUGCAGGACCUGGUGCAGAUGAUGACGCAGACUCUAAAGAUGCCCGCCACAGAUGGAGAGGGGUCAUGUGACCUCCAGGAGUUUAGGCUGAACAGGAAGUACAGGGACACUCUGCUGCUGCACGGCAAAAACCCCAAAGACCUGUCCCUCAGUAACAUCAGUAUGGGGUCUACGUCGGGUCCGGCCAAGGUGAGACGAGCCGUGGAGCAGCUGAGGACUGACGUUCUGAAGGGACUUGGGAUCAAACUCCUGGACAGAGUGCUGGAGGUCAUGGAAGAGGAGGACGAGAAUAAACGAGAGUUGCAUCUCCGAGAGCUGAUGGGGGAUGACAAGUACCAGGCCUACGCUGUGAUGGUCCGGCAGCUCAAGUUCUUUGAAGACAUGGCUCUCAAAGUGUAAAACCCUCCACUCACAUUUCAGUUCACAAAACACUUUUAGAUGAUCAUCACGCUUGAUUUGAAUAUUUCUGUGCCAUUUUUUUUCACUAUAAACUCUGCAUCACAUUAUAUUUUGUAAUACAAUGUAAAUAAUUGUAUAUUUUUUUAAGAGGAACUUUUUUCUAUUGUUUUUUUUUUUUUUAAUCUAUGCAAACUUUGCUUGUUGGCUUAGUAUUGUACUUUUAGCACGUAUCAUAGUUUAUGUAUUUCUUGUUUCUUUGUUACAUUUUAUAAAAGGUUAGGGCUCUAAAUAUGCAGAAGAUUAUAUUUAUUCACUAGUAAUGUAUAGUUGUUGUUUUUUUCUUUUCAACUAAACAAAAAGUACUCACUUAAACUGGUCUGUUUUGAAACUUUAUUUAAAUGCUUGUCCAUUAUUGAGCAACACUGUAACAAAUGUUUCAUUAUCAAAUGGUUCAAAAUGAAUAAUUGACACACUUUUAUGCAUUUUCUAUAUAAAAAGUAGGCUGAAGUG